AUGGACUCUCUCCAGGUGCGAGAUCCGCGGCGCAGCCGCUCCAAGUCCCCUGGUAGAACCCGUGAGAGAUCAGCUUCACGCGACAACCGAGUUCCGUCGCCCUCACCUUCACGGUCCCGCGACUCACGCCCUCGCUCCUCCGCACCCGAGCUAGCCCGGCCUGCCAGCCGCAGCUAUGACUCGGACGAAGAGGCCGAGAUCGAGCGCCAGUACAAGCUGAUGAAGCAGAGUCGACUGCGCGCCGACAAAGAUGAGGCGAAAGUCGUUUCGCGAGCCCCGCGCAGCCCUGCACGAUACGACGUCAAACAUUCCGAUUCCGACGAGGACCGCCGAAAUCGCAAUCGGAUGCGCAACGACCGUGACCGGAAUGACGAGAAGACGCGCCAUCGCGGCGAUCGCUACGAGAUCUCGGACGAUGAGCGUGAUUUGAGGACGAUUCAGCCUCGUGAGUAUCCAGGGCGCUCGCGUCCGCCGCCAUCGCCGGCCGGGGGUCGUGGCCCACGACAUGAGUCGGAUGAAUCAGAUGAUGAGUCGGUUGAUGACGAUCUCGCUUAUGGCGAUGCGCCGGGGAGUCACCCCAGCUAUGCGAAGCCCGGGAAGUACCAGUAUGCGCAGCCGUCGCACUACCUCCAUGCUCAGCCUGGCCAGCCUGGCCAGCCUGGUGCCGGCGGCCCUCAGUCGCGUAUCGAGGUUCCUCCAGACUGGGCACCGGUGCCGGAGUGCGAGCAGCCGGGCUUUGUGCCGCCCUCUUCGCAGGCUGGUGGUGGCAUGCCUGGUACAUUCCCCGGGGCUUCGUACCCUAACAUGCCUUCGACGGCUCCCACGUUCCCAGCGCCACAGUAUGCGCAGCAGCAGCAACAGCAUCCUGCUACGAGUGGGCCUUACGCGCCUUCGCAGUAUCGUACUGCUCCAGGUCCCGAAGCUCCAUAUCCGCCCCAGCCAGCGGGUGUAUAUGCGAACCCGAAUCAAUACCAGUAUGCUCACGUUGAUGGGGAAAUGUCAGACUACCAUUAUGCGGCUACUACUAAACAGGGCGACCAAGCUAUCUAUCCUUACCGGUAUACCAACGAGCCUCAGUUCUCCGAUAAGCCCUCGUCUCAUUCCCGUGCUCGUUCUCACUCUGCGUCUAUCACUCAGCCACAAGAGCAGCAGCAGCAGCAGCAGUUUCUAGAGAUUGCGCCCGGUGGCCGACGAUCCGGCGGUCGUCCCCAUAGUCUGUCGGUCUCGUCGAAUAACCUCGCGGUCGGCGGUCCCCAGGCCGUUGGUGGUCAUCCACCAGCUAGCCCUCUCCUUGAGCCUUACCGUGGCACCUACCAAUCGAUGUCCCCAAUGCCCUCUCCAAUCGUGAUCCCUUCAGUACGAGACGAGGACAUCUCCGACAUCGAAGGACUUGACGGCACCUCAUCCAACUCCGAAACCCGCCGACGAAAGAAACACUCUCGAUCGAAGUCCUCGAGCGAGAAAGACUUGGACCGGGAUUACCGCAGCAGCAAAGAAAAGCUCAGUGACCGCGACCGCGACCGCAAGGAAGGCAAGUCUCGCCGCCGCCCGACCGUCAGCACCUCCAACCAUGGCCCCCGAGACUCGCACUCGUCCGUGAGCGCAGGCGACAAAGAUGCCAUGGUCCUCAUUUCCCCAUCAAGCGGUCGCAAGCGCGUCUCCUUCUACGAUGCCGGUGCCGAUGCCGAAACAAUGCAGGAGGCCCUCAAUCACACCCGCAACAUCGACAACAAAGCUAUUACCUCCGUUCUCCCCCGUCUCACCAGCGACGAAAUCCUGCGUCUGCGCACGGAAUACAAAGCCCGUGUCAAGGUCCAGGGCAAGGGCAUCAACCUCGCAAAGCACCUCCGCCUCAAGCUCGGCAAUUCCAGCUUCGGCAAAAUCGCCUACGCUACAGCCCUUGGCCGCUGGGAAUCCGAAGCCUACUGGGCGAACUGUUACUACCAAGCGGGGACCUCUCGACGAGAACUCCUCAUCGAGUCCCUGAUCGGCCGCUCCAACGCCGCUAUCCGCGAGAUCAAGGCUUGCUUCCGUGAUACACGCUACGGAGACAGCCUGGAACGCUGCAUGCGCUCCGAACUGCGCGCGGAUAAGUUCCGUGUUGCGGUGCUCCUGGCCCUUGAAGAGCGCCGCCAGGAGGAACGCGAGCCGCUGGACACCCGGCUUGUCCGACAAGACGUGGCUGAUCUGCAUCGGGCACUGAUCUCGCGCGAAGGAGGCGAAACGGCCAUGAUCAAUAUCAUCGUUCUUCGGAGCGACUCACAUCUGCGAGAAGUCCUGCGUGCGUACGAGCAUUUCUACGAGCAGAACUUUGCGAAAGCCAUGAUUGCCAAGUCGCGGAACCUGGUUGGUGAAACCCUCGCUCAUAUUCUCAACGGUGCCAUCAACCGUCCCAUGCGCGACGCUCUCCUCCUCCACCAAGCCCUCCGUGAAUCGAAGUCUGGCCGCGAGCGCUCCGAACUGCUCAUCUCCCGUCUGGUCCGCCUGCACUGGGAGCCACGGCACCUUGAGCAGGUGAAAUCGGACUAUAGGCGCCGGUAUGGAGAGCGGAUCGAAGAAGCUAUCGCCGAAGAGAUCAUGACGUCUAGCGGGGGUAGCGAUUGGGGAGAGUUCUGUAUUGAGCUCGUGCAUAGUUCGUCUUAA